CACGCGGGGGGAAAAAAACGUUGCUCACUUAGUGUACAGCCCGCGCAUUGCCUAGAGAAACAGUAGCCUACUGUUUGCUAGCUAGCUGCUUUUAAUGUAGAUUAAGAUAAAAAACAUUGCGAAACAAAGCACUCACAAAAAGACGUCGUGGGGAGCAGGAGGAAGAGAAUGCACUUCAAGUUCAACCAUCAUUCUCAACCCAGACACCUACUCCUCCUGUACCAGUUUCUUCUCAACAAGUGCCAAGUAGUAACUAACACUUUCCCCGUCAGCAGCAGCAACAAGCUGUAACGUUACUCUUGAAACACUCUUUUCAACUGUCAGUCGGAUAAAAACUGCCAUUAGGGCAUCAGUGAUGACAUACAGACUGAACUCUUUGUCCAUGCUCUCCUUUGAAAGAGAACUGACUGAGAGCGUUGGACUAUGAUGAAAUAAUUUCAGUGUUCAACACCAAGCCAUCAUACAUCAUCAAAAGCAAGGCCCACCUGAUUUUCUCUGUGCCCACCUUCACUGUGAUUUCUGCCUACACUUCUGGAGUCGAGUAUGUGUGGGGUCCCAGCUGAUGUGGCCAUGACUACAACCGGGCAAUGGUCACAGACAUGGAUGGAGGUCUUUAUUGCUGAUUUAAUCCAUCCAAGGCUGAUGGGGGUGUAAUGGAGGUGGGAAAGCAAAGAUAACAGCGUUUCCAGUCACGCUGACAUGACACUGAAAACUGUGUUACUAUUCACUGGGUUGAACAUCAUGCAGAAAUUGAGCCGACAGCGUCUGGGGGAGAAAGACAGACCCCAAUAGCAAAUAUAUAUGUGACAGGAGAGAGGAGGGAGAGAGAGAGAGAGAGAGAGAGAGAGAGAAUAUGGUCAUUAACCAAAGGCAGAGAGGGAGACUCCUUCUCCUGCAUUCAAAUGAUGCUUAAUCCAACACUAUCAACACUCCUCUCGUCCCUCCUACUCCUCACCCCUAAUCCUCAUCCUUCUUUUUCUUCGCCUUUCUGUGCCAUUUCACUGAGGAGACUACUAUGCAGUUCGUUCCCUCAUCUGUCUCCCUCAUUCUUCUUCUCUAUCCCUAUUUAUCUCAUUUCUCUCUUCCUUCUAUAUGGGCUCCUUUCCCCUAUUUCACCAAGGACGUGGAUAUAUCUCCUCCUACCCGGCCCAAUCUCUCUCUCUCCCUCUCUCGGUAAGUCUCUUUUCCUCUAUCUCUCUGUCUUUCUCUCUCAUCUUUCUAAGAGAUAACUGUGUGCAAGCUCUUUCAUCUUUCUCCUCCCUGAAGAGAAGACUGCCCAGCAGACACAGAGAAGCAGAGUCAGCAUUUCAGUCCUCUAUGAUGUCACGGACCCCCCGACCCAACCCGUCACCUCCAACAAAACAUACACACACACACACACACACACACACACACACACACACACACACACUUAAUACAUUCUACACAGCUGACAAAAUGAGAAAAAAACAAAUAAAAGAAACAACUCUGUCUGUUUGUCCUUUAUGGUAAUAAUGUAUGAGGGAACACUCACCAAAAUGUGCCUUACAAGAAGUGAGGAAUAGCAGCAAGCCGCAUCUCCACUGGAAAACACUGGCGCACUGCUGCGCUCACGAGACAGAGAACACAAAACCACUCUGGACUUGGAGUAGAAAGUCUGACCUCUUGUCUCUGUAUGAUACUUUGGAACAGGAGGCUUUUAAUUUUAACGACAAGUUAGGGGGGGAAGGCAUGGAGACAGACAGCGAAGGAGAGGGGAAGAUCGGCACAGGUAAAGUGAUCUAGAAAGUGAGAGUAAAGAAAGAAGGCGAGGGACAGAACACGUGAGAUACAAGGACAGAAAGAGAGAGAGAAAGAGAAGAUAGUUACAGUGAGGGGAGGGAGAAGGAGCGAUACGGGAGGAGGGGAGGUUGAAUGUGUUAAUACACAGGAACACUGCAUCAAACCAAUGCACUGCUCUGAGGCUGGCUGAGCAGCUGAGAGGAGUGCGUCAGCAGUACAUUCACGUUCCCACUGAAGGACAAAGGGAGGGGGCAGAGCGAGCAUCUUAGCUGCCUGCAACACCGACACACAUCGGAGGGGGGGAAUAGAGAAAAGAGAGAUUGAAGAAUAAACAAGAAGAGGAGAUGUGGAUUAGAAUGCUGCUCCUGCUGCUUUUGUGACGGUGGGCUGCCUGUUUGAGUGCUCGUGUGCCUCCUCCUCUCCAUCUCUCUCUCUCUCUCACACUCUCUCCUUUGCGCACUCUAUCUUUCCCUUGCUCUUGAUCUGUCUGUGGUUCUCUCUCUCCUUCUCUCUCUUUCUGUCUCUUUCCCUCUCUCUCUCUGUUCUACUCUGUCUACUGCAGUAGUCCACCAGCCAGCUGCAAGUCUGACAGCCACACACAUGGCUAACUGCCACAACUUACUACCUCAGCCCUGGAGAAAAACUAACAAAUAAGCAAGCAGAAGAACACUGCAGGAGACAGCCCAGGGGACAAACAGCGAGCGGACAGAAGAAUCCUCAAUACCUUUCUCUGUUUAUGGAUACAGAUACGGAGCCCACUUCCACACACAUCCUCCCAGCGUCAUUCUCUCUCUUUUCUCUCAUUGCAGAAGAGGACAAGAGUGCUCUCUCUCCUCCGACAGCCUUUUGCGAAGCUCCAACAGUGCAGCGCAUCCACUUCUCCACCCCCCACCCAGCGCCACCAUCUCUCCCACCACCCCCAACCCCCCUCCCCCCAGGAGGAAUAGACGGAUUACUGCUAACUGUGCACACGGCAGCCUGCAGCUGCUCUGACCAGGGCCAGCCCAACAUUGGGAGGAAGCAAGAGGAACACAGAGGAGGAGAGGAGAGGGGGAUGAUUGUGCCAGGAGUUCUUUAGCCUUUUUCUGUCUCUCAGUCUCUGUCACAACGGGGCUAAUCACCGACCGACUAGCCCUUGGCAAAGUCACAGUGAGGGAGGUCUCUCUACCAAACAGGCGACCAGCGGACAAGCCAACACAUGUAUCAGCAGCCGAGAGAACUGGGGAUUUUUAUUUAUUUCAGUUGGUCACUUCUUCUCUCCUCCUCUGUCGUGUUUAAGUGCUUUAUGGAUCAUUGUGAUUUAUCCACAGUGGAGUUGCAUUUUGGAGUCUGCGGCCUGGCAGGGGGGCAGUUAGUGGGGGCAGAAGGGAUCCAGGCACCUGCCAAGCCUUCCUGGCCUUACCUCUGCCUGUGAGUGUUUUCCAUGCUGCUCUCAGUCUUUAAUACCAGGAGCCAUUUUGUACCUUUGGCUAAUAGAGGGCCACCUCACUUUUUCAGAAAGGGAAAACAAGAAAACAUCUAUUUCAUGUAUUUCCAUGGAAGGGAAUUAUAAAUGAAUGUGAUGCAUGACUGUUGCUUUUAACAUUUGUAAAGAGGCAAAAAGGACCACUUUCAAACUAAUGAGGUACGUCACUGAUACUGUUCAUUUUCUUACAUUGCUGCACUGUUUUUCCCUGCUACUUCUCUUGUAUUAAUCUCUCCCUCUCCACCCACCCCCCCUUCUGUCACAUCUAUUUUGAUGUAGCAUCCCCCUGCACUGUCGAUGGAACUUGGGAGCCUUGAGUUGCUCCAGCCAGGCUAGGGUGGUCUGUCCUCUGGUGUGUGCCGUCUCCCCCCACCAUGCAGAAUAAUGAGCCCUCCACACCAUGAGUCCUUUGGGCCAGGUUAGUGUGCAGCCUACCUGGAACGCAGCCCUGCUCGCCGUGCUCUCCCUCAUCGUGCCUGCUCUCAGUAUGUGCCAGUCCACAGGCCCAGCGAUGGGCUCGGCUAACCCACAGAACUGUCCAGGUGUGUGCUCCUGCACUAACCAGCUCAGCAAGGUGGUGUGUACCCGCCGAGGUCUGGUUAGGGUUCCUCCUAACAUACCAUUUAACACCAGGUACCUCAACCUGAUGGAAAACAGCAUAGAGACCAUAGAGGCAGAUACCUUCAGGCACCUGCAUCACCUGGAGGUUUUGCAGCUGGGCAGGAAUGCCAUCAGGCAGAUUGAAGUUGGGGCUUUCAAUGGCCUGACCAGCCUCAAUACCUUGGAGCUGUUUGACAACAGACUGACGGUCAUACCCAGUGGAGCUUUUGAGUACCUGUCAAAGUUGAGAGAGCUGUGGCUUAGAAACAAUCCCAUUGAGAGCAUCCCCUCUUAUGCCUUCAACCGUGUCCCGUCCCUCAUGAGACUGGACCUGGGAGAACUGAGAAAGUUGGAGUACAUCUCUGAUGGGGCUUUCGAGGGCCUUCAGAACCUCAAGUACCUCAACUUGGGGAUGUGCAACCUGAGGGAGUUUCCUCAUCUUUCACCACUAGUGGGAUUGGAGGAGCUCGAAAUAUCAGAAAAUGUUUUCCCUGAACUGAAGCCCGGGGCCUUCCAUGGGCUCAAGAGUUUACGUAAACUCUGGAUUAUGAACUCUGCCAUCACCACUAUUGAGAGGAAUGCAUUUGAUGAUAUCACAGCAUUGGUGGAGCUGAAUUUAGCCCAUAAUAAUCUGUCAUCCCUGCCCCAUAACCUCUUCACCCCUCUACAGUACCUGGUGGAGCUACACCUGCACCACAACCCUUGGCGAUGUGAUUGUGAUGUAGUAUGGCUCUCCUGGUGGCUCAGAGAAUACAUUCCCACAAAUUCCACCUGCUGUGGACGCUGCCACACCCCGGCCCACAUGAGAGGACGAUACCUGGUGGAAGUGGAUCAGACUACCUUUCAGUGUUCAGCACCAUUCAUACUCGAUGCUCCUAGAGAUCUGAACAUCUCGGCAGCGAGGGUGGCAGAACUGAAGUGUCGCACAGCUGCAAUGAGCUCAGUUCGAUGGCUUCUCCCCAAUGGGACUGUACUGACCCAUGGCUCGGCUCACCCACGGAUAUCUGUUCUUAAUGAUGGAACACUCAACUUCUCCAAUGUUCUCCCAUCAGACACAGGGGUCUACACCUGUAUGGUGAGCAACAUGGCAGGAAACUCCAAUGCCUCUGCCUACCUAAAUGUCAGCAAUGCCGAACUCAACACUUCCAAUCUGUCCUAUUUUACCACUGUAACAGUGGAGAUUUUGGAGCCCACAGUGGAAGAGACCCCUAAACCUAAGCCGACUGUCCCUGCCUCGCCCUCUGUCUUUAAGCCCGUCUUCAUCUCCACACCUACUGUGCUGUUCCAAAACACUCAGACUCCAAGGCAGGUGUCAAUACCAACUGCCAGAGUCCCUACUGGGCCAGCUCCCAGCCUGGAUGAGGUGAUGAAAACCACCAAAAUCAUCAUUGGCUGUUUUGUUGCUGUUACCUUGCUGGCAGCAGCCAUGUUGAUAGCAUUCUAUAAGUUGCGUAAGCGGCAUCAACAGAGGAGCACGGUGGCAGCAGCCAGGACCAUAGAAAUCAUUCAGAUGGAGGAGGAAGUUCCUCCAGUUCCACCACCCACCUCCGGAUCUAGUGGCUCUGAUGACACAGGGUUGGUACUGCCUACAUUAGUGGAACACAACAGCAACACCUUUAAGCCUGGGUAUGUGUCCUCCUCCUCUUCAUCCCGCCAAGGGGGCUACGGAGCCCACUGGACCCAGAACAACUCUCUUCAUCGCUCAGUCAGACAGCAUCACAGCCACAUCAGCACCAUUGCUGAUCCCUACGUCAUUAAGACUACUCACGGCAAGGAAAAGGUUCAAGAGACCCAAAUCUGAGUAAUGCUCCCUAUGGAUCUAUCUCUGACUCUGCCCUAAACCCUCCUCUCCACCUGCUCACCAGUCCAUGCAAUAGAAUGCACAAAGAACAAAACGGUAACUUUCUUUUGUACAGAAGUGCAAAGCAGAGACAUUUUUUGUUUCUUGUACAUGCCUAUACAUAAGUAUAUAAAUAUGAAAAAAUACAAAUAUAUAUAAAUGAAACUACCAGACAGUGGUGAGACAUGCAGAUUAUAUUAGAAAAGAAAGUAAUUUGAAACUAUUUUCUAAUAACUGGUGACUUCUAUUUAAAAAAAGACAAAGAUACUGAAUUGCUUUUGUGAUUGAUAAUAGAAGGUGGCACUGUCUCCUGUAGGAAAAGAGGCAUUUAGUUUGUUUUUGACCAUAUUUAGGAUGCAGUAAAAAACUCUUUAUACAGGCACCAGUUUCUAAGUACAGCCCCAGAUUUAAGCUCCAGUUUUUACUGUGCCAAAUAUUAUAUGCAAUAAAAUGGUAUUUCCAGACUAGGAACUUAAAAAGACACACAGGCAAAAUCUAGAUAGAUAGAAACAUUUGUCAAAGGAUAGCAACGUAAUGGCACAGAUAGAAUGUGCUGUUCAGUAGCUAUCAGCCAAAUGCUUUUGGACUGCAGUGAAUUUCUGCAGCUAAGGUUUAACCCUCUGUUCGCUGGAGCUAAGCUGCGUUUAUUUGACAGUGCCAGUGCUUCUUAGUUGUAGCGUAUCUUAACAUGUUUAUUAAGUGUGCACAUGAUUCCCCACUGGUUCAACUGGCAAAGAUGAAGUGCAGACGAAUAACAGUUGCUGCAAAUACUUUGUUCUGUUAUUGGUUGCAUUUUGUAUUAUUUCUUUUCCCUUAGGUUUUGACAUGCUUCUUAAUGGCUUGUGUAGUGUUUAGGGCUAAUUUAGUAAUGCAUUACAGCAGUUGCCUGACUUGUCUCUGCAAGGGCUCAUUCCGAUGCUAAUUUUUCAAAGGAACAGACGUGGUGCAGUGAUACAGGGCUUUGCUGACCGUUCUGCUUUUGGAGAAAAAAAAAAAAGACGAGAGGAUUGAAGUGAAACUAAAUGAAUGUCUGAUACUGGGGCUUUUCCAUGGACUACAUUGAAACAUGACUUUGUUUUUCCUUUUCUUUUAACAGUUUAUUUUGAGCAACACUAUUUUUAUGGAGAGACAAAGGAGGCUAUGAAAAAUAAAAACCUUUGGUUUGUAUUUCUCUAAUCAGAAA